AUGGAAAGUACAGACCAAGUUACUAACAUUGACGCUAAAGAUUCAUGUAGCAGGACGCCGCUGUUAUUGGCCGUCCUAUACGGGCGCGAGGCCGUCGUGCGGCUGCUCCUCGACCGCGACGCCAACACCGAGGCAACGGACGAAUGGGGCAGAACGUCUCUAUUGUGGGCUAUUGAGAAGGGGGACGAGGCUGUCGUGCAACUGCUCCUCAACCACGGCGCCAACACCGAGGCGGCAGACAAAUGGGGCAGGACGUCACUGUUCACUAGCACGAUCCACCGCGUGGCGACUCUGCGCACAUCCCGACGCGAUGGAUCUCAGGCCAGAUUCGACGUCCGUCACCGUCGCGAGGGAGGUGGUGGUAGCGAGCGACGAGGACCUGCCAUCGCGAAGGGCGCGAAAACCAUCUGCGAAAUCACGCCUGAACCAGACAAACCAAGAGAUAACCGAAAGUUCAAUCGACCGAGCGAUCGAGACUGCUGGUGGUGGCCGAUCAAAGAGCUACACGCAGCGAUCAAGAUCACGUUCGAGGCGUGGAAGAAGUCAGAAGCAUGGAACAAGAACGUUGAGGCAGAGCUUCGCAUGGUCACCGCGGAGCUGCAAACGGUCAAGAGCGAGCUACAGGCUGUCAAAGGAGAGCUACAAGCGAUGAAUGAACGUGUAGAGGACGAAAGCGCCAAGACGAACGAGAACCUUGAAGCAAUCGCGGCAUUGGCUGCGACGCAGAACAGCCCAAGUCUCUUCAGGGCGUAUUGCCCGACUGCAGCGCAGACGCUGCCCCGGUAUUGCAACAUAUCGCUACUCAAGGACUAUAACCAGAAAAGGAAGGGAUAG